AUGCUAUCAAAGGCGGGAGUGUGUAUCAAGGGUAGCCCUCCCAAGUCUACCAGGACUGAAGGUGCCACCCUGACCUCCUUCAAAAACUUCAACCCAGAGUCUCAGUGGAACGGAGAAGAUGAUGAUGGCGACCUCACCCAGAUUGAUCCCUUUCUCCAGUCUCAAACCCUCUCUCCCACCCAACCUCCUGGUCCAGCUACUGAGCCUCCAGUUAUGAGCCAGACUUUUGUUGAUCCCCCCAGUUCGUCGCAAGCAUCUCCCCCAUACCAAUUCAAGCACUCUCGGUCUGCGAGGCUAGCACCAUCGUCGUCGCAGUCCUAUCUGCCGGUGAAGCCAACCCCAUUGUCGCAGCCAAGGAGAUUCUCUGAGACUUCUACGUGGAAACGCACCGUUGACGAUAUGCCUUCUUUGGGGGCUUCUCCUGUCAGCUCGCCCCCCAACUCUCCGAAAAGAGCCAAGUCGUGGAAGAAGCACUUUACCCCUGCAGAUACAGACGUUCGGAGCGGGAAUGGGAUGGUCAGCAGAGGAACACAGACCGAGGACCCCGAAUGGCUGACUGACACGCAAGCUAUGGAGAACCACAUUGUGGAUGUGGUCCAAAAUCCUUUGUUCGACGCAUAUGUUGCACGCAUCAAGGAGUUGAUGAAAGGCGACCAAUUCGAGAAGGACGGAUUCUGA